AUGUUUGCUUUACUAAAUUAGAGAUAGCAAAAUGGCACUGCCACUCAAAAGCUAUCAAACUCCAGCAACCAAAUUUAACCCAAAUAAGAAUUGUAAAAGAAGGAUGUUUACACAAAGCAAAUAGCAAAAAGCUAAUUUGAAUAAAAGAAAGAAUCUCCGCCUCCUAAUGUUGAUAAACUCCUCUAAGCUGAAAUUUAGCAACUUGAGAGUUAAAGACAAAGGGAUUAGAUAUAAACCCCUAAAUAAAACUUAAACAAAUAGUUUAUAAACUAAAUCUCUCUAACUGACUCAUAGAAGUUAGAAAAAGCGAUUAAUGAAUUAGCAAGUGAUGAUGAGUUGAGUUAAGUUUAACCUUUGAAAAAUGUAAGAAAGUCAUAUCUUAGAACAGAUGAUUCGAAAAAUUUGAAGUUUAAAGAUGUCAGAGAGAAAGAGGAGGAAAAAUUAAGAACAGCAAAUAAUAAUACCGCAAAUAGCAAAGAUGCUACCAAAGCUUUUACUGAUGCUGAUCUGACUGAUAGAAAGAACAUGAACAAUAUAACUGCAGAGGAUUCUAAAAGUGUAGAUUUAAAUAUGUCUGAAUUUGAAGACAGUGAAAUGAUCAUUCCUGAUGAUUUGGUAGAUCUAAUGACUCAAAGAUAAAACAAUAUAUUAGCAAAGCCCACUGGCAACGUAUCUAGAACUAAUACAAAUGAAGUUAAUCAGAGUAAUAAUAUGAAACCCUCUAAUUUGCAAAUGCCUGAACAGACUAAUGCUAUUCCAUAAAAUAGUACAGCUCUAUAAAAGCAGAAAUCUGAUCAGUUGAGCAAUUAAAAUCUAAACAGAAAUUAAUUAAGUCUUCCUAAGCCAAUUGGAUCUAGGGAACUUAAUUAAAAGUAUUCUGGAAUCUCUGGCCUUAAUCUCAAUGGAGGAGGAUCCAGAAAUAAUAAUGAUUAGCAAUACAAAAAUUAUAACUCAUAUGAGGAAAAUUAGAAAUAAAGGAGAUCAUUUUAUGUCAAAGGACCUUAUUAGAAUUAAGAUAAGCAAAUGUUUAAUGAAGCCAAUCAAUAGCAAAGUAGAGGCUCAUAAGAGAGCAGCAGCCAAAAUAUACUGUGGCAUUACUAAACCUUGCUUCAACAAACUACAAGAUAAAACGAAAAUUUCCUUCAAAUUGUUUAACAGAAGGAUAAUUAGAUUAUUAGCAUUAUUCAACAAUAAGAAGAUUAUAAAGAUAAAUACAUAAACUCAUUGGAGUAGUAGCUGAAGUAAAAAGAUGAGUUUCUUUAGUAGAUGCUUUAGACUCUAAAUUAAAUAUCUCAACGGUCAAUAUCAGUUUAACCUACUUCAAACACCAAGAAAACUAAAAGAGGCAGAGUGCAAUUUUAAGAAGAGCCAGAAGAAAGUGAAGAGUCUGAUUCCCAAAAUAGACCUCUGAUUAAACAAAAACAAAGGGCAUAAACUAUAUUUAGAAGCUCAGCAAACUAUUCCUAGAAAUCUUCUUAAUACUCAACCAAAAAUGCUCCUUAAAUUAUGCCAAUUUAAAAUCCUUAGAGCACUGAAAGCUUUGGCUUCUUCCGUGGCGGAAAUCUUAAUUAAAAGCUCUAAAUCAAGCCUGAAAAUAUGAAAAAGAUAGCCAAUCUUUUUUCAGAUAGUAGUGAAAAUGAAUAGAGUAAGUAGAAAGAUGUAUUGAGUUCAGAGGAAGAAUCUCCAUCCUUCAAAAAAAUCAUGCAAAUCAAAAAGAAUAUAGACAGCGAUAAUGAUAGGAAGUAGCAAUUACUGAGUUUAGGUGGUGGAUUUCAAAAUGUUGAGAAGAAGUUUGUUGCUCCUACAAAAAUAGACCAGAGAAAGCCUUAAGAUGUAGAAAUGACUGAGGACUCUGCACCUAAAUAGCAACUAUUCCAGCCUCCUAAACCGAUCCAGAAUAAUGCAAUCAGCGCAGGAGGUGGAAACUUUAAAUUUAAGAAGGAUUAUAUUACAGAAGUAAAUGAAAAGAAAAGAAAAUUAGAUGAGAUCAUAUAAAGCGAUAAGGAGGAGUAGAUGCCUGAGAACCGAAGGAAUAAUAUUUUUUCUGGUGCUAAAUUUUAAGUAGAUUGCAUUUGCAUGAGGCAGUCAAAGGUACUCAAAGUUACAUGUGAAAUAUGCGAGGAUAAAACUAAAAUAGUUCCUACUGAUAUUUUGAGGAUAUUUGAAAAAGUACUUAAGCCUACAUCAGAAGAAUUUGAUAUUGACUGGAUCCAAAACUGUUUUAAUCAUGUAAUAUGGAAAUUAGCUAACUACUCUAAUAUUGAUUAGUAUCACCAUGAAUUCACCUAAGGUAAAAGGACUUUCUUCUAGAGAAUAGUAUAAAAAGACGAAGGAUGCCAUUAGCAUUUCGUUGGAGUAGUUGCCUCCCUCUAAAAAUCGAAGGAUAAUCCUAUUGAAAUUUAUUUUUCUGAUGGGGCUUAUUUACUUAAGUCAAUCUUAAAACCUUAUGGAGAUUUCAAUUAUGGAGACGAUCGAAUAAUUAAUCUUAUUGAGAAAGGAAAGAUAUUUGUAGGUUAAAAACUAAAUAUGAUGAACCAGGCAUUGAUCAGAGAUAACAACUAGCAUAAACCUUCCUCAUUUAUCUCUCAAACGAAGCAUUAUUUCCUAAGUUUACAGAGCAAACACUUACUUUAGCUAAAUUUCAAUGGAAUAUGGAGAGCAAAGGCAUUUGAUAAACUUGGACAAUAAAAACCUAAAAUAAUGAUUAAAAACCUUAAUUCAAUUGUCUCUAAUUCAGGACCAAUCCCAAUGCUAGAUUGUGUAGUUGUUAGAAAAUAUCCAUUGUAUUUUACUGAAUUCUAACAAAAUGAAAAUGGACAAAGCUAAAGACUCAUUAGAAAUAAGUUAUCAGUAGAGGUAUUAUAGUAAAAAUAAAUAGAUAACUAUAAUGAGGCAGUGAGGAAGCUUUAUGACUCAAGAAAAGCUAAGGACGGCCCUCUUGAUUAAUCUGUACUAGACUAGGUCAGAAGAAAGCAUAUUUCAACUUUUAAAAUGAUGUUCAAAAUCAAGAUUUCAGAUACAUUCAGCCCGAAUAACUAGGCGAUUAUAUCAUUCUUUGAGGCAAAUGAAGAUAUGUAUUAAUAUAUCAGUCCAGGAGAUAGACUGAGGCUUUCAAACGUGAGUCCUUCAUUCUAGCAGUAGGAAAACAUCAUUAGUUUAAAUAUGGUCAAGAGUUCUAAGAUAUUCCAUUAUACUUAAUCAGUUUUAAAGCCUAAAAAGCAGCUUGAGCUUAUUGAUCAGUAUAAAGAACUAGAAGAGAAAUCCAUCAAUUUCCAAGAGUUUAAGAAGAAUUACUAUGGUUUAAAAAGAGAAGCAGAAAUCUAGGUUUGCGGCUUUGUGUUAAAAUUAAUAUCAAUCAAGGCAAACAACUAAUCAAAUGUGUAAAACUAGCAGUAGCAUGUUGCAACGUCUAAUGUGCAAAGUGACCAAGGAGAACUGUGGAAAUUCCUUAUUCUAACUCAUGAGCAGGAAAUAUUAUGCAUUGAGAUUCAGGAUAAAUCGUUUAUUCUUACUCAAGUAUUUCCUAAGGAGGGUCAAUAUAUUUUCUUGGAUAACCUAUGCUAUCUUCAAUCUAUCUACCUUUAGAAGAAGAAUACUUCUAUUCUUACAUUUCAAGAACCUCAGACUACUUUAAGCACUAGUAGUCUCCUUCCUUAGGAUAACAAUUCCUUCUACUAUGAUGUGUUGAAGAUGUCAGUCAGGAGUCUCUACAAAAUGAUUCCAGCGAAUCAUAAUGAAAGCACUCAAACUCUCAAACUUUUAGUAAAAGAGAAGAGCGUAAUGAAGCAUAUAGAAAGUAAAGUCAAGAUAAUUAUAAAUUAAGGUAUUAAGAGAAGCCAAAUGAGCUAGUCACAGAAUAUCGACAAUAGUGAAAUUUCUGAGAUUUGA